AUGAAUCCCACAAGCCAGUUCAUCAGAACAACAGAGUACGACUAUGGAUACGAUGAAAAUACUGCUCCAUGCAAUGAAGGAAACAGCUUUCGCAGGUUUAAAUCCCUCCUCCUGCCCAUCCUUUACUGCCUCGUGUUUGUCUUCUGCCUUCUGGGAAACUCCUUGGUCCUUUGGGUUCUCCUGACCAGGAAGAAGCUGAUGACGAUGACUGAUGUCUGCCUGCUCAACCUCGCGGCCUCUGAUCUCCUCUUUGUUGUGCCUCUCCCUUUCCAAGCCCACUAUGCUUCAGAGCAGUGGGUUUUUGGCAACGCUAUGUGCAAGAUAAUGGCUGGCAUUUAUUACACGGGUUUUUACAGCAGUAUUUUCUUUAUAACCCUCAUGAGUAUAGACAGGUACAUAGCAAUUGUCCAUGCCAUCUAUGCCAUGAAGAUUCGGACAGCCUCUUGUGGCAUAAUUAUCAGUUUAGUCCUGUGGCUGGUGGCUGGCUUGGCUUCUGUGCCCAACAUUGUGUUCAACCAGCAGCUGGAAAUCGAGCAGUCUAUGCAGUGUGUCCCCACGUACCCCCCUGGCAGCAAUACCUGGAAGGUUGCAUCUCAGUUUGCAGCCAAUAUCUUGGGCCUCUUGAUUCCCCUCAGCAUACUCAUUUGCUGCUAUGCCCAGAUACUGAAAAACCUGCGAAAAUGCAGAAAUCGGAACAAGAUCAAGGCGAUCAAGAUGAUUUUCAUUAUCGUCAUUGUUUUCUUCCUCUUCUGGACCCCCUUCAACGUCGUGCUGUUCCUGGACACCCUGCAGAGCCUGCACAUCAUCAACGACUGUCAGGCCAGCAACCGGAUCGCCCUGGCCCUACAGCUGACGGAAACCAUUUCCUUCAUCCACUGCUGCCUCAACCCCAUGAUCUACGCCUUCGCUGGGGUGAUGUUCAAGGCCCACCUGAAAGGACUGCUUCAGUCCUGUGUCCGUGUCCUCUGGAGCUCCACCAGGGGUUCUGGGGCCACUCAGUCAUCUUCGGUGCCCAGCCAGCUCUCUGCCUGCUCUGACAGUGCAGGGGUACUCUGA